GGCUUGCGGACAUUCUCAAACGAUGAUUGAGUCCAUUAAGCACCGAUUUGGGCUGAUUUAUUCCAGGUCAAUUUAUGGCAGAUUCCAAAGGGGUACCAUCACAGAUUUCGGGCGAUUUAUCUGAAAUGCCAUUUUCUUUCGAUUCUGGAAGCUACAAAUCCCGGAAUCAGGUCGAGGCUAUUAUCCACCGAUAAUGAAGUCUAUUGAUCUUAUUCUCCACGGAUGAUAAGUCCGUUAAGCAUCGAUUUGGUCCAAUUUAUUUUCGAAUGGCAUUUUUGUAAUUUCUUGGGCGACGAAAGUACAUUUUCUUUGAAUAUUGAAGGCUACAGAUCACGGAUUCGGCCUGAGGCUAUUCUCCAACGAUGAUUGAGUCCAUUAAGCACCGAUUUGGGCGCAUUUAUUCCGUGUCAAUUAUUGGCAGAUUCCAAAGGGGUACCAUCACAGAUAUCGGGCGAUUUAUCCGAAAUGCCAUUUUCUUUCGAUUCUGGAGGCUACAGAUCACGGAGUCAGGCCGAGGCUAUUAUCCACCGAUAAUGAAGUCUAUUGAUCCUAUUCUACACAGAAGAUAAGUCCGUUAAGCAUCGAUUUGGGCCAAUUUAUUUUCAGAUGGCAUUUUCGUAAUUUCUUGGGCGACGAAAGUCCAUUUACUUUGAAUAUUGAAGGCUACAGAUCACGGAUUCGGCCUGAGGCUAUUGUCCAACGAUAAUUGAGUCCAUUAAGCACCGAGUUGGGCCGAUUUAUUCCGGGUCAUUUUUUGGCAGAUUCCAAAGGGGUACCAACACAGAUUUCUUGUGAUUUAUCCGAAAUGCCAUUUUCUUUCGAUUCUGGAGGCUACAGAUCACGGAAUCAUGUCGAGGCUGUUAUCCACAGACAAUGAAGUCUAUUGAUCCUAUUCUCCACGGAUGAAAAGUCCGUGAAGCAUUGAUUUGGGCCAAUUUAUUUUCGGAUGGCAUCGUCGUAAUUUCCUGGGCGACGAAAGUCCAUUUUAUUUAAAUAUUGAAGGCUACAGAUCACGGAUUCGACCUGAGGCUAUUCUCCAACGAUGAUUGAGUGCAUUAAGCACCAAUUUGGGCGGAUUUAUUCCGGGUCAAUUCUUGGCAGAUUCCAAAGGGGUACCAUCAAAGAUUUCGAGCGAUUUAUCCGAAAUGCCAUUUUCUAUCGAUUAUGGAGGCUACGGAUCACGGAAUCAGGCCGAGGCUAUUAUCCACUGAUAAUGAAGUCUAUUGAUCCUAUUCUCCACGGAUGAUAAGUCCGUUAAGCAUCGAUUUGGGCCAAUUUAUUUUCGGAUGGCAUUUUCGCAAUUUCAUGGGUGACGAAAGUCCAUUUUCUUUGAAUAUUGAAGGCUACAGAUCACGGAUUCGACCUGAGGCUAUUCUCCAAUGAUGAUUGAAUCCAUUAAGCACCGAUUUGGGCGGAUUUAUUUCGGGUCAAUUUUUGGCAGAUUCCAAAGUGGUGUACCAUCACAGAUUUCGGGCGAUUUAUCUGAAAUGCCAUUUUCUUUCGAUUCUGGAGGCUAUAGAACACGGAAUCAGGCCGAGGCUAUUAUCCACCGAUAAUGAAGUCUAUUGAUCCUUUUCUCCACGGAUGAUAAGUCCGUUAAGUAUCGAUUUGGCCCAAUUUAUUUUCGGAUGGCACUUUUCGUAAUUUCUUGGUCGACGAAAGUCCAUUUUCUUUGAAUAUUGAAGGCUACAAAUCACGUAUUCGCCCUGAGGCUAUUCUCCAAAGAUGAUUGAGACCAUUAAGCACCGAUUUGGGCGGAUUUAUUUUGGGUCAGUUGUUGGCAGAUUCCACAGGGGUAUAAUCAUAGAUUUCGGGCUAUUUAUCCGAAAUGCCAUUUUCUUUCGAUUCAAGAGGCUACAGAUCACGGAAUCAGGCCGAGGCUAUUAUCCACCGAUAAUGAAGUCUAUUGAUCCUAUUCUCCUCGGAUGAUAAGUCCGUUAAGUAUCGAUUUGGCCCAAUUUAUUUUCGGAUGGCAUUUUCGUAAUUUCUUGGGCGACGAAAGUACAUUUUCUUUGAAUAUUGAAUGCUACAGAUCACGGAUCGCCCUGAGGCUAUUCUCCAAAGAUGAUUGAGUCCAUUAAGCACCGAUUUGGGCGGAUUUAUUUCGGGUCAGUUGUUGGCAGAUUCCAAAGGGGUACCAUCAUAGAUUUCAGGCAAUUUAUCCGAAAUGCCAUUUUCUUUCGAUUCUGGAGGCUACAGAUCACGGAAUCAGUCCGAGGCUAUUAUCCACCGAUAAUGAAGUCUAUUGAUCCUAUUCUCCACGGAUGAUAAAUCCGUUUAAGCAUCAAUUUGGGAAAAUUUAUUUUCGGAUGGCAUUUUCGUAAUUUCUUGGGCGACGAAAGUCUAUUUUCUUUUAAUAUUGAAGACUACAGAUCACGGAUUCGGCCUAAGGCUAUUCUCCAACGAUGAUUGAGUUUAUUAAGCACCAAUUUGGGCGGAUUUAUUCCGGGUCAAUUGUUGGCAUAUUCCAAAGGGGUACCAUCACAGAUUUCGGACGAUUUAUCCGAAAUGCCAUUUUCUUUCGAUUUUGGAGGCCACAGAUCACGGAAUCAGGCCGAUGCUAUUAUCCACCGAUAAUGAAGUCUAUUGAUCUUAUUCUCCACGGAUGAUAAGUCUGUUAAGCAUCGAUUUGGGCCACUUUAUUUUUGGAUGGCAUUUUCGUAAUUUCUUGGUCGACGAAAGUCCAUUUUCUUUGUAUAUUGCAGGCUACACAUCACGGAUUCGACCUGAGGCUAUUCUCCAACGAUGAUUGAGUCCAUUAAGCACCGAUUUGGGCGGAUUUAUUUCGGGUCAAUUUUUGGCAGAUUCCAAAGGGGUACCAUCACAGAUUUCACGCAAUUUAUCCAAAAUGCCAUUUUCUUUCGAUUCUGGAGGCUACAGACCACGGAAUAAGGCCGAGGCUAUUAUCCACCGAUAAUGAAGUCUAUUGAUCCUAUUCUCCGCGGAUGAUAUGUCCGUUUAGCAUCAAUUUGGGCCAAUUUGUUUUCGGAUGACAUUUUCGUAAUUUCUUGGGCAACGAAAGUCCAUUUUCUUUGAAUAUUGAAGGGUAAAGAUCACGGAUUCGCCCUGAGGCUGUUUUCCAACGAUGAUUGAGUCCAUUAAGCACCGAUUUAGGCGGAUUUAUUCCGAGUCAAUUGUACGCAGAUUCUAAAGGGGUACCAUCACAGAUUUCGGGCGAUUUAUCUGAAAUGCCAUUUUCUUUCAAUUCUUGAGGCUACAGAUCCCGUAAUCAGGCCGAGGCUAUUAUCUACCGAUAAUGAAGUCUAUUGAUUCUAUUCUCCACGGAUGAUAAGUCCGUUAAUCAUCGAUUUGGGCCAAUUUAUUUUCGGAUGGCAUUUUCGUAAUUUCUUGGGCGACGAAAGUCCAUUUUCUUUGAAUAUUGAAGGCUACAGAUCACGGAUUCGCCCUGAGGCUAUUCUCCAACGAUGAUUGAGUCCAUUAAGCUCCGAUUUGGGCGGAUUUAUUCCGGGUCAAUUAUUUGUAGAUUCUAAAGGGGUACCAUCACAGAUUUCGGACGAUUUAUCUGAAAUGCCAUUUUCUUUCGAUUAUGGAGGCUACAGAUCACGGAAUAAGGCCGAAGCUAUUAUCCACCGAUAAUGAAGUCUAUCGAUCCUAUUCUCCACGCAAGAUAAGUCCGUUAAGCAUCGAUUUGGGCCAAUUUAUUUUCGGAUGGCAUUUUCGUAAUUUCUUGGGUGACGAAAGUCCAUUUUCUUUGAAUAUUGAAGGCUACAGAUCACGAAUUCGACCUGAGGCUAUUCUCCAAUGAUGAUUGAGUCCAUUAAGCACCGAUUUGGGCGGAUUUAUUUUGGGUCAAUUUUUGGCAGAUUACAAAGGGGUACCAUCACAGAUUUCACGCGAUUUAUCCUAAAUGCCAUUUUCUUUCGAUUCUGGAGGCUACAGAUCACGAAAUAAGGCCGAGGCUAUAAU